AUGGCAUUCAGGUCCAGAAUUAAGCCACUAAAUCUGGUCGGUCGCGAAAGUGCUGACGCUACGCACCACACAGCGGGAUUGGUACCUCGUUUAUCUUACCACCACUUUUUGAUGCUCCUGUCGGCCAUUGCGAUUAUUUUGCUAUCCAUCCUACUUGCGGGCUGUUCUUCUUCCAACGGUCUGAGCAAUAUAUAUCUAUUGUCGCUAAGAUAUACAGCGAGAGAGUCUCCAAUAUCUACAGGACCUGGUCAAGUGAGCUCGGCUAUCGCGCAUGCUAUUCACAAUGUGUCGCAAACCGGCAACGGGACGACCCUUGAAGUGCGAGCGGGGUAUAAGGGGAUCUGUGUGACGCAGAGCAAUUCAGGACGCAUUUGCUCUAACAACGUAAAAGUGUUGGCAAAUUUGAUCAAGGCAGAAAAGUCCUCUGUCAGCAAUGGAAAUACAAGCACAGAAACUAUACCAGACCCGCUCAAUUUGAUCAUGAUUGCGAAUGAGUUUAAGGACAAGAUUGUAUUCGAUGGCUUGAUAUAUAUCGUGGUCGGCCUAAUCUUUAUUUGUUUUAUACUUUUAUCGACUUUCCCUGGAUGGCAUGAGGAGGUUGAUGAAAAUGGAUCAGAGCGCGAAGUAAAGCCAUUCCCUUCUGAACUUGUAUUGUCGAUUUGUUUCCUCGCAAUGGGUGCCGGCUUCGGAUUUGGUCUCAUCUCCGUAUUGUGGCAGCAUAUCAAUAGCAGUUCUACGGCGACAAUGGCAGAAACCCUCACCUAUGGCGCAGUCUCAGGCCAUGUGGGAGGUGCGGCGAUGGCGCUAGGAUGGAUCUCUACAGGACUGAGUGCGGUCGUUUUUAUCGGGCUUCUC